AAUUAGCACCACGGGGGCUUAAUUACCUUGUUAAUUACUCUUUCCCAGCCAUGGCGGAGGACAUCAAGACCAAACUGGAGCGCUACAAGACGGCGCCGUUCGACAGCCGCUUCCCCAACCAGAACCAGACCAGGAACUGCUGGCAGAACUACCUGGAUUUCCACCGCUGCGAGAAGGCGAUGGCGGCCAAAGGGGCGGACGCCGGGCCCUGCCAGUGGGUAACCGUCGUCUACAAGUCCCUUUGUCCCACCGCCUGGGUGACGACGUGGGACGAGUACCGCGAGGAGGGGACCUUCCCCGGAAAGAUCUGAGCUUCUCCGACCGCCCCCCAACCGGGGGGGGGGGGACAUCUGUGUCACCGGCUGGUGCUGGGGGGGGGG